CGCCCCGCCCCUGCUCCCGCCGCCCCAGCCCCCCCGUCCCGGUGCGGCGCGGUCCAGCGGAGCGGCCGGGAGGCGCCUGUCACCUUCAGCGGGGCCGGCCCGGGCGGGAGGCGCGCGGCGGCGCCGCCAUGGUGCUCAUCAAGGAAUACCGUGUUAUCCUGCCUGUGUCUGUGGAGGAGUAUCAAGUGGGGCAGCUGUAUUCUGUGGCAGAAGCCAGUAAAAAUGAAACUGGUGGAGGGGAAGGAGUGGAGGUCCUGGUGAACGAACCUUACGAAAGAGAUGGAGAGCGUGGACAGUACACACACAAGAUCUACCACUUACAGAGCAAAGUGCCAACAUUUGUGAGAAUGCUGGCCCCUGAAGGAGCUCUGAAUAUACACGAAAAAGCAUGGAAUGCUUAUCCCUACUGCAGAACUGGUGAGUGUAAUGAGUAUAUGAAGGAUGACUUCCUGAUCAAAAUUGAAACCUGGCAUAAAUCAGAUCUUGGAACACAAGAGAAUGUUCAUAAGCUGGAGCCAGAUGUAUGGAAGAAUGUAGAAGCUAUUUAUAUAGACAUUGCUGAUCGGAGUCAAGUACUUCCCAAGGAUUACAAAGCAGAAGAAGACCCAGCAAAAUUUAAAUCUGUCAAGACUGGACGUGGACCUCUGGGUCCCAAUUGGAAGAAGGAGCUGGGGAAGCAGACAGAUUGCCCAUACAUGUGUGCUUACAAACUGGUAACAGUCAAGUUCAAGUGGUGGGGUCUGCAAAAUAAGGUUGAGAACUUUAUACAGAAGCAAGAAAAGCGUCUCUUCACAAACUUCCAUCGGCAGCUCUUUUGCUGGCUUGAUAAGUGGGUUGAUCUGACUAUGGAGGACAUUCGUAGGAUGGAGGACGAGACUAAGAGACAGCUGGAUGAGAUGAGAGAAAAAGAUCCAGUGAAAGGAAUGUCAGCUGCAGAUGACUAACAUGACUUCUUCCUUGUGCACUGUAGGUAUCAAUUUGCAAGACAGUCGUCAGGAAGGCCCAGGGAAUCCAGACUCUUGACUGACGGACCAUCUCUGGAUCAAGCCUUUCUAUAUCCAAUCGGCAGGCGAUUUUAAGUCUCCCAUAGCUAAUUCUAGAUGCCCCUUAAUAUUGUGAGCAAAUAGACAGUCUGGUACUAAGCACUCCAAUGUUAGCACGUAUACGAAGGAGGUAGCUCCUUGGAGACGUGUGACUUAGAGAUCGCUGUAUUUAUGACUCCUCCCUCCUGUUUUUUUCAUUGUGUUCAGACCAAUUUCCAUGUGGCCCUGUUUGAUUUCCAAGUGACACUUUUAGCUAAAAUAGUCUUGUGAUGUGGUGACUUAGAUUUUUUUUUUCUUUUUUUUUUUUUUUUUUCUCCAAGUGGGAUAAACUGCCACCUUUGUUCCUGCCCAGCCCUUCACCAUUCUUUGAAUGUCUAUUUGGAGAGGGAAACUGUCAGUAUUUUAGAGUGCAAAACUAGUCUAAAAAAUGCUAUGCUCUGACCCUUGCUCCCAGGGUAAGACAUUUAAUGGCAUGUAAUCUGAAUACAUAAUCAGGAGUAGCCAGAUAUAGUUCUUGGUCUGCAAUGAAUUGUGAUAUGUGGCUUCUGCACAGCGUUACUUUGUUCUGUCUUAGCAUAUAUGAAUUAAAGACUGCACAGAAGCUGCAUUCAGUGUCCCCGUGCUAGGACCUCCAGCACAUAACUGUCGAGUUUCGAUUUAGUGGUACGUGGUCCCUUUGGCCCAUGUAGCUAUGUUGUCCUUCAGCUGUGUGUGUCAGUCUUACGAAAUUGUUAUGAAAAGUUGCUUGAUAUUAUGUUGCAACUUCCUGGUUCUUUAUUUACUAAGGUUCCCAGUAACUUAUAAAGCUAAAAUUAUUUUGACUAAUAAUAAUGUGAUUCCCCCUGUACAAAUUGGGAUGUAGCAAAAGCUGGUGUACAAGUAAAGUCUUGGUAUCUGAUUACAUCCAGGUGCCUGGGUUGGUGGUUCUGCUCAGCAAUAAUAUUCUUCCCAUUGCCAGACUGACUAAAAUCUCUCCUUUCAUGCUAUAAAAAACCAACUUAAAGACCUGCAGUUGUUUUCUAGGGUAUCUGUCAGUGAUUAUAAAUCACAAAAAUUUACUGUUAAACAAUGUAAAGAGCUCUGGUUAUUUAAUGAACUCAAAUACUGUAACUAUCCUUAUGUUGAUAUCAGCUUUAGACAAUCAAAUAAGCAGAACAGAAUCAAAGAAAUGCUGCUUUAUUAAAUACAUAUGAGAAAACCCCGAAUUUCUUUGCUUAUGCCUAAGGCCCAAUGUUUGAUUUUUCUUUUUUUCCUAGUAGUAAUCACUUUGUUUUCCACUUCUGUAUUUGGUGGCACUAACGUGAAAUACUGAAUGCCAAACACAGUCGUGGGUGUAUCACCACUUUUGAGGAGUCUCCUUGGCAUUCUGUAACACACUGACUCCUUCAGCCCUUCACGUUCCUGCAAGCGGGAGAUCCUGAAAUGAUCCUGUGCCAUGCUGAACAAGUAUGUGCUGGGAUCUGAACUGUUUUCAGUGCGAGGCAAGAUGAGCCGUGCUCUGGUGGGAGAGGAUGGCGUUUGGUUUCUGGGGAGGGGGCAGUUUAUCCCUUUAUUUUUAGUUUCUUAUUUUGCCUUACUCAUGUCUAAGUGCAAUAAGCUCUGAAUUGUACCAGUAACUCUGGCAGGCUCUUCUCAGUGACCUCGGGCAGUUUUGUGGGGUGGGGGUGGGGUUUGAGGGAUUUUUAACAAUCUCGCCAGGCAGAAGUAAAACAAAAUUUAUUGUGAAAUAGGUGAAGAAACUAAAUUUUAAUCUGUGAGGCUAUUUGGGACCAGGAUGUUUUGUGGCAUCUUCUAUAGCUGUUCAAGAAGUAUUCUAGGAGCGUAGGCCCCAGUUACAGUUCUUUCAGUUUCAAGUAUUUUUAACUGAGAAUUUAUGCACUGACUUCUGUUCAUGUUUGUCGGUUACGUUUUGAGGGAUUCUUACACUUGAGGACAACCUGAAAAUACACAUAGCACACUUGUUCUUUCAAUUUGUGUUAUCCAAGAGGCUUUCUAUCCGAUGACACUAAUCGCUAUGGAAGCAGAUUGUAACAUUCCACCAUGCAAUCCUUUGUUGAUCCUCUGAUUUCAGAGUAAGAGCUUUUACACAAAGCUUUCCUGAUUAGUGGAAAAACUGAGGAAAAAAAAUAAUGCAGGAACUCCAGCCUGAAUACUCGCCCCUGUCCUUGCCCCUUGCUUUCUUUCCUUCCAGUUUAAUCCAAAGUGAAAGCAUCCCUCAGCCUUGGGAUAGACAAAUCCCAGGGAGACCUUUCAGUCUCGAUGCUUGGUUCCUGCUAGCGAGCACAGCGAAGAUCACGCAGCGUUACCAUGCGGUAUCUUUCAUCGGCUUUGGCAAGGACCCCCCCAACCCACCGGAGGGGCUAUCGCUGGGCUGCUUGGCUGCCCUAAGGUGACGGUUGUGCUGUGCCCCACUCUCCGACCUGCGCUAGGUGGGCCUGGGGGGUCUGGCGGCAGGUGCCUUGCCGCAGCCUGGGUCAGGCCGGAUGGCUGGUGGGGUGCUUGCUCCCCGCUCCACACUGCGACCCCUGGGUUCGCCCCCUAGGUUCGCCCCUGCUCGGCCUCCCCGCCACCUUCGAUGGAUUCAUCGUGCUCUUUCCUUUGCAACACACACUUUGUAGAAUGGGUUAGAUGAUCUCGUUGUUUCUUUAAAUGUGAGUUUGUGCCUUUUUUGUCUCCUAAAUCUUCCAAUACAGGCAUAUUGGAAACGAAAUCUAAUAAAAUACUAGACAGCGUUA